CUUCCGGAAGAAGAACGGCGCGCGGCGAGGGUCAUUCCCAGCCGCAACCCGAGUGGGCUCAACAGAGAAGCGCAAAGGGGUAAGCUACCUGUCCUCGAGGUUCCAGGGUUCGCCUCCGGAGGACAUACUCGGAGUUCUCGCAGAUUCGCUCGCUUCUGCAUCCUCGUUGCCUCCCGAAGCCAACUCUUAAGUCCUGGACGCCAGGCCUGAGACAGUGCCGCCAUGGACUUCUCCAAGUUCCUGGCCGACGACUUUGACGUGAAGGAGUGGAUCAAUGCGGCCUUUAGGGCCGGCUCCAAGGAGGCGGCGACCGGGAAGGCGGACGGCCACGCAGCCACCCUGGUGAUGAAGCUGCAGCUGUUCAUCCAAGAGGUGAACCACGCCGUGGAGGAAACAAGUCACCAAGCACUCCAGAACAUGCCCAAAGUGCUCCGUGAUGUUGAAGCUCUAAAACAGGAGGCAUCUUUCCUGAAAGAACAGAUGAUUCUUGUCAAGGAGGACAUUAAAAAAUUUGAACAGGAUACAUCUCAAUCCAUGCAGGUGUUGGUCGAAAUUGACCAGGUGAAGUCCAGAAUGCAACUUGCUGCCGAAUCUCUUCAGGAAGCAGAUAAGUGGAGCACGUUGAGUGCUGAUAUUGAGGAGACAUUUAAGACUCAGGACAUAGCUGUGAUUUCUGCCAAGCUAACAGGUAUGCAGAAUAGCUUGAUGAUGCUUGUUGAUACACCAGACUACUCUGAAAAAUGUGUGCACUUGGAGGCACUGAAGAACAGACUGGAGGCCCUAGCCAGUCCGCAGAUUGUCGCGGCAUUCACUUCUCAGGCUGUAGAUCAGUCCAAAGUGUUUGUGAAGGUGUUUACUGAAAUUGACCGGAUGCCCCAGCUCCUGGCCUACUACUACAAGUGUCACAAGGUGCAGCUUUUAGCAACCUGGCAAGAGCUGUGUCAAAGUGACCUACCCCUGGACCGGCAGCUUACUGGACUCUAUGACGCCUUGCUUGGCGCUUGGCACACACAAAUCCAGUGGGCUACACAGGUUUUCCGGAAGCCCCAUGAGGUGGUGACGGUGCUGCUGAUUCAGACCCUGGGGGCCCUCACGCCCUCACUGCCCUCCUGCCUCAGCAGCGGUGUGGAGAGGGCAGGGCCGGAGCAGGAGCUCACCAGACUGCUGGAGUUCUACGACACCACUGCCCACUUUGCCAAGGGCUUGGAGAUGGCGCUGCUCCCCCACCUAUAUGAACACAAUCUGGUAAAAGUCACGGAGCUGGUGGAUGUUGUAUAUGAUCCGUACAAACCCUACCAGCUGAAGUAUGGUGACAUGGAAGAGAGCAACCUCCUCAUCCAGAUCAGCGCCAUGCCUUUGGAGCAUGGGGAAGUGAUUGACUGUGUGCAGGAGCUGAGCCACUCCGUGAACAAGCUGUUUGGUCUGGCGUCUGCAGCCAUUGACAGAUGCAUCAGAUUCACCAAUGGCCUGGGCACCUGUGGUCUGCUGUCAGCCCUGAAAUCUCUCUUUACCAAGUAUGUGUCUGAUUUCACCAGCACUCUCCAGUCCAUACGAAAGAAGUGCAAACUGGACGACAUUCCUCCCAACUCCCUCUUCCAGGAAGAUUGGACGGCUUUUCAGAACUCCAUUAGGAUAAUAGCCACCUGUGGAGAGCUCUUGCGGCAUUGUGGGGACUUCGAGCAGCAGCUAGCCAACAGGAUUCUGUCCACAGCCGGGAAGUAUCUAUCUGAUUCCUGCAGCCCCCGGAGCCUGGCUGGUUUUCAGGAGAGCAUCCUGACAGACAAGAAGAGCUCUGCCAAGAACCCCUGGCAAGAAUAUAAUUACCUCCAGAAAGAUAACCCUGCUGAAUAUGCCAGUUUAAUGGAGAUACUUUAUACCCUCAAGGAAAAAGGGUCAAGCAACCACAACCUGCUGGCUGCAUCUCGAGCAGCCCUGACUCGGCUUAACCAGCAGGCCCACCAGCUGGCUUUUGAUUCUGUGUUCCUGCGCAUCAAACAACAGCUGUUGCUCAUUUCCAAGAUGGACAGCUGGAACACAGCUGGCAUCGGAGAAACCCUCACGGAUGACCUGCCCGCCUUUAGUCUCACCCCCCUCGAGUAUAUCAGCAACAUCGGGCAGUACAUCAUGUCGCUCCCUCUGAAUCUUGAGCCAUUUGUGACUCAGGAAGACUCUGCCUUAGAGCUGGCAUUGCAUGCUGGAAAGCUGCCAUUUCCUCCCGAGCAGGGGGAUGAAUUGCCUGAGCUGGAUAACAUGGCUGACAACUGGCUGGGCUCGAUCGCCAGAGCCACGAUGCAGACCUACUGUGAUGCAAUCCUCCAGAUUCCCGAGCUGAGCCCACACUCUGCCAAGCAGCUGGCCACCGACAUCGACUAUCUGAUCAACGUGAUGGACGCCCUGGGCCUGCAGCCAUCCCGCACCCUCCAGCACAUUGUGAUGCUCCUGAAGGCUAGGCCCGAGGACUAUAGACAGGUCAGCAAAGGCCUGCCCCGUCGCCUGGCCACCACUGUGGCCACCAUGCGGAAUGUGAAUUACUGACCCCACCACCCACCUGACCACCAAGAGGCUCAGGACUGCUGUUCCAUGACUCGCCAGCACAGAUUUGCUCAGAAACUCUGCCCAGGAUUGGGCAGAAGUUACUUUAAAAGACUAGGUUCAUUUGCAUAAUCAAAAAGGAGUUGUAAAUUAAAGAUUUAUUAUUUAUCAGAGAAGACUUUUUAGAUAAUUUUUUUAAAGGAUCUGAUCUUGAAAAUGUAAUAAAUAACUACUGUGAAAUGCAAGAA